AUGACAGCCCCUCUAGAUCAGAGCGAUGACCCUCCGGUGCGUGACAUUUCGACCCGGAUGGCCUUAUCGCAGCUGUCGCGCAGGCAUUCUCGGGGUUCGGGCUCGUACACAGCUGGUCAAAGUCGGCGUUCCGCACGGGUAGAGAAACCGCGAAGCAGUCACAACAGCCCAAAGGGUCUUGAGAGGAGGAGAACGACCACAGCUGUAAAGCAGCAUGUGACUCUAGACGACCACUACAACAUGAUGUUUGGGAACGGGCCUGUACAACAUCAAGACAGCGCGAUGAGGGCUCGAACAUAUACGACCCGGCCAUAUAGCUGGCAUCCUGCAACCUCGCAGUACUCGGAAAUCCACAUACCGAAUAUCAACGACUCAUUACCACUUCUGCCAACCAUGCAAAACCCCGCGCAUUUCCAGCAUGACUUCAGCUUUGGAACCGGUCCUGAUCUGAACCUAAGUAACAACCAGGAUUGGGGUUAUUUUGAUCAGCGACAAGGGUCAAUGGGUUCUGAGCAAUCGCUGAGCAAUCCUUACACAACCAUACAGUCUCAGACUUGGACUUCAGAUAUGGCGCAACAAGCACCCACCUAUGUGUAUGCGCAGCAGCCAACCUCCUUUCCUCGAACUUAUUCGUCGGAUUGGCCGCUCCACUCCUGGACCCAGCCAGAUCAGUCCCACACUCCAGGCGAAGAAGCAUCGCCGAAUCUUCUCCCAAUACAGCGACCGAUCGACGAUACGAACAUCAUCAUGCAAUCUCCAGGCCACUCCGAGGGGAACGACACCGGCAAGGAACUCGUUGGCAUGGGCCUCUAUGACUUGCCGGACAGCUCCCAGUCCUUUCUCCUCACCGGUGCACAACCGAGCACCGGUAAAGGACUGAAAUUGGAAGAAACGUUUCAACCGCCGGAAGCGGACGAGGACGACGAAGAUGACAACGUAAGCUCAGACGAUGAGAGCCCGGAUGAGCCGCCAGCCGCUCAAGACCAGCCAUGGGCUGUGCAGACUGGCAAUCAGCUGAUGCCGGAUCUCUCUGGCCAAAGCUUCUUCUUUGACGAUGACGAGACGUACACGAACGAGUGGUGGUACCCACCCUUAAAGCAGUCUGCCGCGCAGGGCACGAAUUUCGGAUAUGGAUGGUUGUAG